AUGCAAAAAACGGAAUCAGUACAUAUACAGAGGGCGACGUUAGCGGAAAAAGAAGUAACAACGUUAAAAGAACAACUGAAUAGCAAUACAACAUCGAACAACUGCGAAAACAAGGAUACCUCAAACAUGGACAGACAUAGCUUUGAAACUGAAAUCGCUGCCAAAGACAAAGAACGAGAACAGAAAAAUAGAAUGGGCGUUCUGUUAGAAAUUUGUUAUUUGGGUGAAGAACAUGUGUAA